AUGGAUUAUAAAAUUCGUUUGCAAGCUUCAAUUGACUGCAUCAGACAUUGUGUACGCCAAGGGCAAGCACUUCGUGGACAUGAUGAAUCAGAGUGUUCAAAGAAUAGAGGAAAUUUUAUUGAACUUCUGAAAUUUCAUGCUCGUGGUAGAAAAGAUGUGGAACGUGUUGUGUUGAGAAAUGCUCCCAAGAACCUUCAAAUGACUUCUCCAGACAUACAAAAGGAUAUUGUACAUGCAAUUGCAACUGAAGUAACCAAGCAAAUCAUAUGCGAAAUUGGUGAUGAUGUUUUUUCUAUUUUGGUGGAUGAAGCUCGUGAUACAUCAAUCAAAGAGCAAAUGGCUAUUGUGUUGCGAUAUGUAAAUGAAGAAGGAUAUGUGAUGGAGAGGUUUCUUGGGAUUGCUCCUGUUGCAGAUACAAAAGCAUUGACUCUUAAGAUGGAAAUUGAAUCAAUGCUUGUGACAAAUGGGUUGAGCUUGUCAAAAAUAAGAGGACAAGGCUAUGAUGGGGCAAGCAAUAUGAGUGGGGAAAUCAAUGGACUCAAGACUUUGAUUUUGGCAGAAAAUUCAUCAGCAUAUUAUGUUCAUUGUUUUGCUCAUCAACUUCAGUUAACUCUUGUUGCAGUUGCUAGACAUCAUGGUGACAUUGGUGGCUUCUUUAAGGCUGUGAGUGACUUGAUUAAUUUGGUUGGAGGAUCGUGUAAACGAAUGGACAAAAUUCGAGAAUGUCAAGCUGCUAAAGUUGUUGAGGCUUUAUAUCAUGGUGAACUUGAGACUGGGCGAGGGUUGAAUCACGAAGUUGGCCUCAAAAGGCCUUGUGAUACUCGUUGGGGAUCACACUUUGACACACUCCUUAACUUGACUAGGAUAUAUUCUUCUGUUAUUGAUUGUUUGGAUAUCAUCAAAUGGGAGGGAAAUUCUGAUGCAAAAGCCGAUGCAUCUUGCUUGUUGAGGUCAGUCCAAAACUUUGAUUUUGUAUUCAUCAUGAAAAUGAUGAUUGAAGUGCUUGCCAUUACCAGUGAUUUGUCUUCAACUUUGCAAAGGAAAGACCAGGACAUAGUGAAUGCUAUGCACCUUGUUCGUGGGUCAAAGUUUAGAUUACAGGAAAUGAGGGAUAAAGGAUGGGAUUCUCUUCUUGAUAGUGUGGUUUCAUUUUGCAACAAGGAAUCUCUUCCCAUUGUCAACAUGGAUGAUGUAUACUUUCCACUUGGGAGACCAAGGAGAAAUUCUCAGCAAAUCACCAAUCUCCAUCACUACAAGGUUGAGUUAUUUUAUACAGCCGUCGAUAUGCAGUUACAAGAGCUAAAUAGUCGCUUUGAUGAGAUAAACACAGAUUUGCUAUGUUGUGUGGCAUGCUUAAAUCCAGACGAUUUGUUUGUUGACUUGACAAGGACAAGUUGGUAA